AUGCCUUUCAGUAUACGACGAACAGUCGUCGAGUAAAGACGUGUUUGUGUUACAGAAAUGUGCGCGGCGAUCGACAUGUUGGCGUCGGAGUCCUUCUAUGGACACAGUCCCCCGGCUGGCUUCCUAUCAGACUACAGCAUUCAAGCCCCAAGAAGACCAACAAAGCUCACAUCCAGAGGUUUCUCAGCACCAUGUUUGACGCCUCUAAAACCUGUGCAUCUAACAUUAAAGUCAGCACCGCGAUCGUGUAUAAGAAUAUCAAAUGAGAAGAAAAAGAAGAAAGUGGUUUUCGCUGAUGACAGAGGAUUUGCACUUGAACAUAUCAAGUUUAUGACUGAACCAUCACAUGUGCCACCUUAUUGGGCGUUGAGGAUAGUCUCCAGCCCCCCAUCGGAGAGGAAACCGCCACCAAAACCAGCUGAUUUAUGGGAAACGAGAUUCGUGCAGCCAGCGUCUGAUUACGUGGAGUUUAGGAGAAGAAUCACCCAAGAUUGUGUGUCGUUAGAAAAUGUGAUUAUCAAACAAGACGAGUGCGCGGUAGACGGUACUGUUAAGGUUAAAAAUCUGGACUUUGCUAAAGAAGUUUUCGUCCGAACGUCCUCAGACGGGUGGUUGACGAGCGAAGAUACGUUUUGCGCGUUCGUCGAAACUGGCCCUUUGAACCAGAAUGGAGUGUCAACAUAUGACACAUUUGGGUUCCGACUACAGCUCCCGAUCCACUCCAGAAGACUAGAUUUCUGCGUCUGUUUCAAAUGCAAAGGACAGGAAUUUUGGGAUAAUAACGGGGGUUCGAAUUAUACGAUAGAAAAGUCAUCGGUCCGGAGUCAACCGGCGAUUUCAUGUGCCCGCAUCAAGUACGGUAACUCUUGGACUACAAGAUCGAAUGGAGACGGAAAUGUGCCUUAUUGGUGAUUAAUAAAUGACUCUAAAUGAAUAAGUGAUCGAAAGCCGUCCUGGCUGGUGAUUUGUGCCAUAUAAUGGUUCCUAGAGAAAUUUGAAGGUCUGUAUAUUUUGUUUUUCUGUCCAAAACAGAUU